CGCCCUCCUGGCUCGCCCCCACCCCUCGGGAUAUCCGCCUCGCCUCGCCUCCACUCCGCCCGGCGCCUCCUCCUCCCUCCUCCUCUGCUCCGCCCCGCCGCCGCAAGGAUCCAACCCCCGCGCGUCGCCUUCUCCGCAGCCUACCCAUUCUUCCCGAGAUUUCCCAGGAGUUUUCCCUCUGGUUUAAUGGCACUGUGCCUUUGAGAAAAUCUUUAAUUGUGCUGUCUGGGCUACGGAACGAUAAUGUCGCAACUUGGAUUAGCUGCAGCUGCCUCAAAGGUGCUGCCACUACUCCCUAAUCGCCAGAGAAGUUCAGCUGGGACUACAUUCCCAUCCGCAUCAUCGAGGCCCUCAACCCGAAGGAAAAGCCGCACACGUUCACUUCGUGAUGGAGGAGAUGGGGUAUCUGAUGCCAAAAAGCACAACCAGUCUGUUCGUCAAGGUCUUGCUGGCAUCAUCGACCUCCCAAAUGAGGCAACUUCGGAAGUGGAUAUUUCGCAUGGAUCUGAGGAUCCCAGGGGGCCAGCAGAGUCCUAUCAAAUGAAUGGGAUUAUAAAUGAAACACAUAACGGUAGACAUGCCUCAGUGUCCAAGGUUGUUGAAUUUUGUGCGGCGUUAGGUGGCAAAGCACCAAUUCACAGUAUAUUAGUGGCCAACAAUGGAAUGGCAGCAGCAAAGUUCAUGAGGAGUAUCCGGACAUGGGCUAAUGAUACUUUUGGAUCGGAGAAGGCAAUUCAGCUCAUAGCUAUGGCAACUCCGGAAGACAUGAGGAUAAAUGCAGAACACAUUAGAAUUGCUGAUCAAUUUGUAGAGGUGCCUGGUGGAACAAAUAAUAACAACUAUGCAAAUGUUCAACUCAUAGUGGAGAUAGCAGAAAGAGUAGGUGUUUCUGCUGUUUGGCCUGGUUGGGGUCAUGCUUCUGAGAAUCCUGAACUGCCAGAUGCAUUGACUGCAAAAGGAAUCGUUUUUCUUGGGCCACCUGCAUCAUCAAUGAAUGCAUUGGGAGAUAAGGUUGGUUCAGCUCUCAUUGCUCAAGCAGCCGGGGUCCCGACUCUUUCGUGGAGUGGAUCACAUGUUGAAGUUCCAUUAGAGUGCUGCUUAGACGCGAUACCUGAGGAGAUGUAUAGAAAAGCUUGUGUUACUACCACAGAAGAAGCUGUUGCGAGUUGUCAGGUUGUUGGUUAUCCUGCCAUGAUUAAGGCCUCUUGGGGAGGUGGUGGUAAAGGAAUAAGAAAGGUUCAUAAUGAUGAUGAGGUUAGAGCACUGUUUAAGCAAGUGCAAGGUGAAGUCCCUGGCUCCCCAAUAUUUAUCAUGAGGCUUGCAUCCCAGAGUCGUCAUCUUGAAGUUCAGUUGCUUUGUGAUCAAUAUGGCAAUGUAGCAGCACUUCACAGUCGUGAUUGCAGUGUGCAACGGCGACACCAAAAGAUCAUUGAGGAAGGCCCAGUUACUGUUGCUCCUCGUGAGACAGUUAAAGCACUUGAGCAGGCAGCAAGGAGGCUUGCUAAGGCUGUGGGUUAUGUUGGUGCUGCUACUGUUGAAUAUCUUUACAGCAUGGAGACUGGAGAAUACUAUUUUCUGGAGCUUAAUCCCAGAUUACAGGUCGAGCAUCCAGUCACUGAGUGGAUAGCUGAAGUAAAUCUGCCCGCAGGUCAAGUUGCUGUUGGAAUGGGCAUACCUCUUUGGCAGAUUCCAGAAAUCAGACGUUUCUAUGGAAUGGACUAUGGAGGAGGGUAUGACAUUUGGAGGAAAACAGCAGCUCUUGCUACACCAUUUAAUUUUGAUGAAGUAGAUUCUCAAUGGCCAAAGGGCCAUUGUGUGGCAGUUAGAAUUACUAGCGAGGAUCCGGAUGAUGGUUUCAAACCUACCGGCGGAAAAGUGAAGGAGAUAAGUUUUAAAAGCAAGCCUAAUGUUUGGGCCUACUUCUCAGUAAAGUCUGGUGGAGGCAUUCAUGAAUUUGCUGAUUCUCAGUUCGGACAUGUUUUUGCAUAUGGACUCUCUAGAUCAGCAGCAAUAACGAACAUGGUUCUUGCAUUAAAAGAGAUUCAAAUUCGUGGAGAAAUUCAUUCAAAUGUUGAUUACACAGUUGAUCUCUUAAAUGCUUCAGACUUCAGAGAAAACAAGAUUCAUACUGGUUGGCUCGAUACCAGAAUAGCUAUGCGUGUUCAAGCUGAGAGGCCCCCAUGGUAUAUUUCAGUGGUUGGAGGAGCUCUAUAUAAAACUGUAACCGCCAAUGCAGCCACUGUUUCUGAGUAUGUUAGUUAUCUCACCAAGGGCCAGAUUCCACCAAAGCAUAUAUCCCUUGUCAAUUCAACAGUUAAUCUGAAUAUCGAAGGGAGCAAAUACACAAUUGAAACUGUAAGGACUGGACAUGGUAGCUACAGAUUGCGAAUGAAUGAUUCAGCAAUUGAAGCGAAUGUACAAUCUCUGUGUGAUGGUGGCCUCUUAAUGCAGCUGGAUGGAAAUAGCCAUGUAAUUUAUGCGGAAGAAGAAGCUGGUGGUACACGACUUCUGAUUGAUGGAAAGACAUGUUUGUUACAGAAUGAUCAUGAUCCAUCAAAGUUAUUAGCUGAGACACCCUGCAAACUUCUUCGGUUCUUGGUUGCUGAUGGUGCUCAUGUUGAUGCCGAUGUACCAUAUGCGGAAGUUGAGGUUAUGAAGAUGUGCAUGCCUCUCUUGUCGCCUGCUUCUGGUGUCAUUCAUGUUAUGAUGUCUGAGGGCCAGGCAUUGCAGGCUGGUGAUCUUAUAGCAAGGCUGGAUCUUGAUGACCCUUCUGCUGUGAAAAGAGCUGAACCAUUUGAUGGAAUGUUUCCACAAAUGGGCCUUCCUGUUGCUGCCUCUAAUCAAGUACACAAAAGAUAUGCUGCAAGUUUGAAUGCCGCUCGAAUGGUCCUUGCAGGAUAUGAGCAUAAUAUCAACGAAGUUGUACAAGAUCUGGUAUGCUGUCUGGACGAUCCUGAGCUUCCUUUCCUACAGUGGGAUGAACUUAUGUCAGUUCUAGCAACUAGGCUUCCAAGAAACCUUAAGAGUGAGUUAGAGGAUAAAUACAAGGAAUACAAGUUGAACUUUUACCGUGGUGAAAACAAGGACUUCCCAUCCAAGCUGCUGAGAGACAUCAUUGAGGCAAAUCUUGCUUAUGGUUCAGAGAAGGAAAAAGCUGCGAACGAGAGGCUUGUUGAGCCUCUUAUGAGCCUACUCAAGUCGUAUGACGGUGGGAGAGAAAGCCAUGCUCAUUUUGUUGUCAAGUCCCUUUUCGAGGAGUAUCUUGCUGUGGAAGAACUUUUCAGUGAUGGGAUUCAGUCUGACGUGAUUGAAACCCUGCGUCAUCAGCACAGUAAAGACCUGCUGAAGGUUGUAGACAUUGUAUUGUCUCACCAGGGUGUGAGGAACAAAGCUAAGCUUGUAACAGCACUUAUGGAAAAGCUGGUUUAUCCAAAUCCUGCUGCUUACAGGGAUCUGCUGGUUCGCUUUUCUUCACUCAAUCAUAAAAGAUAUUAUAAGUUGGCCCUUAAAGCAAGUGAACUUCUCGAACAAACUAAACUAAGUGAACUCUGUGCAAGCAUCGCAAGAAGCCUUUCUGAUCUGGGGAUGCAUAAGGGAGAAAUGACUAUUAAAGAUAGCAUGGAAGAUUUAGUCUCUGCCCCACUGCCUGUUGAAGAUGCACUUAUUUCUUUGUUUGAUUACAGUGAUCCAACUGUUCAGCAGAAAGUGAUCGAGACAUAUAUAUCUCGAUUGUACCAGCCUCUUCUUGUGAAGGAUAGCAUCCAAAUGAAAUUUAAGGAAUCUGGUGCCUUUGCUUUAUGGGAAUUUUCUGGAGGGCAUGUUGAUACUAAAAAUGGACAAGGGGCCGUUCUUGAUCGAAAGAGAUGGGGUGCCAUGGUGGUUCUCAAAUCACUUGAAUCUGUGCGAACGGACAUUGUAGCUGCCUUAAAGGAUUCGGCACAACAUGACAGCUCUGAGGGCAACAUGAUGCACAUUGCUCUAUUGAGUGCUGAAAAUGAAAAUAAUAUCAGCAGUGAUGAUCAAGCUCAACAUAGGAUGGAAAAACUUACCAAGAUACUCAAGGAUACUAGUAUCGCAAAUGAUCUCCGAGCUGCUGGUUUGAAGGUUAUAAGUUGCAUUGUUCAGAGAGAUGAAGCACGCAUGCCGAUGCGCCACUCAUUCCUCUGGUCAGAUGAAAAGAGUUGUUAUGACGAAGAGCAGAUUCUCCGGCAUGUGGAGCCUCCCCUCUCUGCGCUUCUUGAAUUGGAUAAGUUGAAAGUGAAAGGAUACAAUGAAAUGAAGUAUACUCCAUCACGUGACCGUCAAUGGCAUAUCUACACACUAAGAAAUACUGAAAACCCCAAAAUGUUGCAUAGGGUAUUUUUCCGAACUAUUGUCAGGCAACCCAAUGCAGGCAACAAGUUUACAUCAGCCCAAAUUGGCGAUACUGAAGUAGGAGGUCCUACAGAAUCUUUGUCAUUUACAUCAAAUAGCAUUUUAAGGUCGUUGAUGACUGCUAUUGAAGAAUUAGAGCUUCACGCGAUUAGGACUGGUCAUUCUCACAUGUAUUUGUGCAUAUUGAAAGAACAAAAGCUUCUUGAUCUCAUUCCUUUUUCAGGGAGCGCAAUUGUCGAUGUUGGCCAAGAUGAAGCUACUGCUUGUUCACUUUUAAAAUCAAUGGCUCUGAAGAUACAUGAACUUGUUGGUGCACAGAUGCAUCAUCUUUCUGUAUGCCAGUGGGAGGUGAAACUCAAGUUGGACUGCGAUGGGCCUGCCAGUGGCACCUGGAGGGUUGUAACUACAAAUGUUACUAGUCACACGUGCACUGUUGAUAUCUACCGGGAAGUGGAAGAUACAGAAUCACAGAAGUUAGUAUACCAUUCUGCUUCUUCGCCAGCUGGUCCCUUGCAUGGUUCUGCACUGAAUAAUCCGUAUCAACCUUUGAGUGUCAUUGAUCUAAAACGCUGCUCUGCUAGGAACAACAGAACUACUUAUUGCUAUGAUUUUCCAUUGGCAUUUGAAACUGCACUGCAGAAGUCAUGGCAGUCCAAUGGCUCCAGUGUUUCUAAAGGAAGCGAAAAUAGUAAAUCUUAUGUGAAAGCAACAGAGCUGGUGUUUGCCGAAAAACAUGGGUCUUGGGGCACUCCUAUAAUUCCCAUGGAGCGUCCUGCUGGGCUCAAUGACAUUGGCAUGGUAGCUUGGAUCUUAGAGAUGUCCACUCCUGAAUUUCCCAAUGGCAGGCAGAUUAUUGUUGUAGCAAAUGAUAUUACUUUCAGAGCUGGAUCAUUUGGCCCAAGGGAAGAUGCGUUUUUUGAAGCUGUCACCAACCUGGCCUGCGAGAGGAAGCUUCCUCUUAUAUACUUGGCAGCAAACUCCGGUGCUAGGAUUGGCAUAGCCGAUGAAGUGAAAUCUUGCUUCCGUGUUGGGUGGUCUGAUGAAGGUAGCCCUGAACGUGGAUUUCAGUACAUUUAUCUAACUGAAGAAGACUAUGCUCGUAUUAGCUCUUCUGUUAUAGCACAUAAGCUGCAGCUGGAUAGUGGUGAAAUUAGGUGGAUUAUUGACUCUGUUGUGGGCAAGGAGGAUGGGCUUGGUGUUGAGAAUAUAAAUGGAAGUGCUGCUAUUGCCAGUGCUUAUUCUAGGGCAUACGAGGAGACAUUUACACUUACAUUCGUGACUGGACGGACUGUAGGGAUAGGUGCUUAUCUUGCUCGGCUUGGUAUACGUUGCAUACAACGUCUUGACCAGCCUAUUAUUUUAACUGGGUUUUCUGCCCUGAACAAGCUUCUUGGGCGGGAAGUGUACAGCUCUCACAUGCAGUUGGGUGGUCCUAAGAUCAUGGCAACCAAUGGUGUUGUCCACUUGACUGUUUCAGAUGACCUUGAAGGUGUUUACAAUAUAUUGAGGUGGCUCAGCUAUGUUCCUGCCAACAUUGGUGGACCUCUUCCUAUUACAAAACCUUUGGAUCCACCAGACAGACCUGUUGCAUACAUCCCUGAGAACACAUGUGAUCCGCGUGCGGCCAUUCGUGGUGUAGAUGACAGCCAAGGGAAAUGGUUGGGUGGUAUGUUCGACAAAGACAGCUUUGUGGAGACAUUUGAAGGAUGGGCAAAAACAGUUGUUACUGGCAGAGCAAAGCUUGGAGGAAUUCCUGUAGGUGUCAUAGCUGUGGAGACACAGACCAUGAUGCAGCUUGUCCCAGCUGAUCCAGGCCAGCUUGAUUCCCAUGAGCGGUCUGUUCCUCGUGCUGGACAAGUGUGGUUCCCUGAUUCUGCAACCAAGACCGCUCAGGCAUUGUUGGACUUCAACCGUGAAGGAUUGCCUCUGUUCAUCCUUGCUAACUGGAGAGGUUUCUCUGGUGGACAAAGAGAUCUGUUUGAAGGAAUUCUUCAGGCUGGGUCAACAAUUGUUGAGAACCUUAGGACAUACAAUCAGCCUGCAUUUGUCUACAUUCCUAUGGCUGGAGAGCUGCGUGGAGGAGCUUGGGUUGUGGUUGACAGCAAAAUAAAUCCAGACCGAAUUGAGUGUUAUGCUGAGAGGACUGCGAAAGGCAAUGUUCUUGAACCUCAAGGGUUAAUUGAAAUCAAGUUCAGGUCAGAGGAACUCCAAGAUUGUAUGGGUAGGCUUGACCCAGAGUUGAUGAAUCUGAAAGCAGAACUCCAAGGUGCAAAGCUUGGAAAUGGAAGUCUACCGGACAUAGAAUCCCUUCAGAAGAGUAUAGAAGCUCGUACAAAACAGUUAUUGCCUAUAUAUACCCAGAUUGCAAUACGGUUUGCUGAAUUGCAUGAUACUUCCCUCAGAAUGGCAGCUAAAGGUGUGAUUAAAAAAGUGGUAGAUUGGGAAGAAUCACGCUCUUUCUUCUACAAAAGGCUACGGAGGAGGAUCUCCGAAGAUGUUCUUGCAAAAGAAAUAAGAGGAAUAGCUGGUGACCACUUCACUCACCAAUCAGCAGUCGAGCUGAUCAAGGAAUGGUACUUGGCUUCUCAAGCCAAAAUAGGAAGCACUGAAUGGGAUGAUGAUGAUGCUUUUGUUGCCUGGAAGGACAAUCCUGAAAACUACAAGGGAUAUAUCCAAAACCUAAGGGCUCAGAAGGUGUCUCAGUCGCUCUCCGAUCUUGCAGACUCCAGUUUAGAUCUUGAAGCAUUCUCGCAGGGUCUUUCUACACUAUUAAAUAAGAUGGAUCCCUCUCAGAGAGCCAAGUUGGUUCAGGAAGUCAAUAAGGUCCUUGGUUGAUGAAAUGAUAACGACACAUCCAACAUAAUGUGUAUGCUACAUGUUUUUGAUGAAGUACAUACAUAGAAGGAUAUUGCUCAGCCUUGAUUGAUCAUUUCUGAUCUGAAUCGACCAUUAUUUAUUAAAAUUUGUUCUGUUGGACCUGAUCCUGUGGUUGAUAUAAGCGCAAAGCUUGGGGCAGCCGACAAUUAGCAAGGGCACAAAGUGAAUAUGUGCUCUGGUUUUGCAGUAAUCAAGUAAGGCACGAAGUUGUAUCGCUGUAGUUCUGUGAUGUAACCAGGGGUUCAAUUCUGUAAUUUUAGGGUGUAUCUUGCGGAUACUAGCAUACAGUUGAGUGGUUCAUUAAAUCUUGAACUUGAAUAAUAUGUUUUGUAGGCAUGUGUACCUCUACGUGAAAUAAAUGUUGUUGAAUAGAAUUCGGCAUUAGAAUUUGCUGGCACUCAUAAUGCUUGAAUGCACAGCAUGUCGUUUGUACCUUUCCUGGAUUACCUGUAAUUUUCUACUGCCCCUUGUUAGUAAGGGAGUGUUGAGUGUUUGGAUUUUAAUGGCUAAAGUUUAGUCAUGUCA